AGAUUAGUGACUUGAGGUCAGUCUUACACCAGGAGCCAAACAUGACGCAGCAAAUAUUGCACCGAGUACUCGCAAGAGUCGUAAAAAAGCUGCAGUUGCCACGUGCAGAUAUAUCCAUCAAGAAUUUGACGAGUGGCGGCGCCAACAUAACGUCAGCUCUGUACUCCGUCACCAUCACUGCGCCAGACCAUGCCCACUUGAAACUCUUCGCCAAAGUAGCUGAUGUCAAUGUCGACCUCCGUAAGCAGAUGAAUAUAGAAUCACUGUACACGACCGAGCAGAUUGUGUACAAUCACCUGGUCGGAGUAUACCAGAAAGUGCAAGAUAAGUACCACAUCAGCCCGGAGCACAGGUUCGUCUUCCCCAAGUUCUAUGGAGGCGAAGACACGCUGGGACAAGAGACGGUCGUGAUGGAAGACAUGACGUCGAGCGGCUACGCCCCAUACAGCCGGUUCGAGAGUAUUGAUUGGGAGCACGCAGCUGUAGCAGUGGAGGACUUAGCCAGACUGCAUGCGUUAUCCUUUGCGUACAAAAAGGAAGAUCCGGGUAACUUUGCCAUGGACACGAAAAGAUUAAGAUUUGCGAGGGAUAAGAUGGACUUUUCAGGCAUGAAGAAGACAUGGCGUCAGAUAGGUGAAUCCGCUAUGGAGGUAGUGAAAGAAGAACACAGGAACAAACUAUCAAAGAUAAUAGAUGACCGUUCGACACAAGAGGUGUUCUUCAGAUUCAGAGCACCUCUGAGCACGGUAGUUCUGUGUCAUGGUGACUACAGAGUCAGCAACCUGCUGUUCAGGCGCGUGGUGCCCCCGUCGGAAGGUGUUAGAGCACAUAUAGACGAUCGAACUGAACCGUCACCGUUUCGUCAAUUUGGGUCGCCGGUCCGGUCGCAUUCGCAUCCAUUGAAAAUGUGCGGUGGAUCGUGCGCCACACGAUCGAAUAUGGUUCGGAGCGCACCAAGUUCGUGGUCCGGCCCGAACCGAGUUCGAUCGUCUAAUGGCCGCCUUCAGCAGGUAGUGGUGGACUACCAGACCGUGCACAGCGGCUGUCCAGUCACAGACCUGCUGUACCUGGAAUUCUUGGGUACAGACCAGGCAUUCCGCAACAAGUACCAUGAUCGCCUCUACGACUACUACUUCUCCGAACUCACUAAGGCUUUGGACCGGUACGAAAUUGACAUAAACAAGGUGUACCCCAGGGCAACGUUUGAAAAAGAAAUUAAGGAGAUGUACAGCGUAGCCUUGACUAUCGCGAUGGUGGUGCUGCCGCUGGUGCUGGUUGACACAGAUCGCGCCCCCCUCAUGAGCAAGAUCGAAGGAGUCAGUGACUUCGCCAUCAAGCCCUCCCAGCUGUUCGCUACCCGGUUCAGGGAACUUGUGAGCGACUGCAUCGAGUGGGGAGGUCUAUAACAAUAUUUGUAGAUAAUUUAUAU